AUGGCACCCGGCAUCACCUCCUGGGCAAGCAAAGACGGCGACUUCAAGCGCCAGGAAUCUCAGUUCAGAGACGCUGUCGAGCCCAAUGCAGAUGCCAAGUUCCCAGCAGAAAAGGGAAGGUACCAUCUCUACGUCUCACUUGCCUGUCCCUGGGCAACAAGAGCACUGAUCGUGCGAAAGCUGAAAGGAUUGGAGGAUUUCUUCGAUGUGAGCGUCGUUCAUCCUUUCAUGGGUGAAAAAGGUUGGUCGUUCGGUGCGGACAAGUACGAAGGGCAAGGAUCGGGAGGAGAGGAGAUUGCCAACGUGACGGGCGAUAAGGUCUAUGGGUUCGAGUACAUCCGAGAACUCUACUUCAAAGCCGAUCCAAAGUAUUCUGCUCGGUUCACCGUGCCUGUGUUUUGGGAUAAGAAGCAAGAGACGCUCGUUAGCAAUGAGAGCUCAGAGAUUAUACGCUUCAUGAACACGGCUUUCAAUGACAAGAUUGAGGGAAAGCAUGCCAAGCUCGAUCUGUACCCUCAGGCACUGAGGAAAGAGAUCGACGAGCUCAACGAUCCCAUCUAUAACAAGGUCAACAACGGAGUUUACAAAAGCGGGUUUGCAACGACACAAAAGGCAUACAGCGAAGCAGUCCAUCCGCUCUUUGAGCAACUCGACAAGAUCGAAAAGAUACUCGACGGUCACGACUUCCUCGUGGGCGAUCAGCUCACAGAAGCAGACGUACGAUUGUGGGUCACCCUCAUCCGUUUCGAUCCCGUCUAUGUCGGUCACUUCAAGUGCAAUAUCCGCACUAUCCGAGCAGGCUACCCAAAUAUCAAUCGCUACAUGAAGAACCUGUACCACAACUAUCCCGCCUUCAGGGACUCGACAGAUUUCACACAUAUCAAAGUGCACUACUACACUUCACAUCCUCAAGUCAAUCCGACGAGAAUCGUGCCAGAGGGUCCCAUUCCACACAUCGAGCCAAUGUAAUGUCAAAACGAUG